GACAGCCCACCCCGCAGCCGCCAGCCGGAGGUGCCGUCCGCAGGCCCUGGAGCCCGGCCCGGCCCUUGGGAAAGUCGGCGCCGCAGCCCGAGAGCUGCCAGGCUCCCCCUGGCCGGCGCGGAGCGCGCGGAGGUGAGCGGAUUGGGGAGGAGGUGGUGAAGGUGGCCGAGGACAUUCCUGGUGAUUUGAGGAGAGCCUGUAUCAUGGAAUCAAUCUCUAUGAUGGGAAGCCCUAAAAGUCUGAGUGAAACUUUUCUGCCUAAUGGCAUAAAUGGUAUCAAAGAUGCGAGGAAAGUGACCGUGGGUGUGAUUGGAAGUGGAGAUUUUGCCAAGUCUCUGACCAUUCGUCUUAUUAGAUGUGGCUAUCAUGUGGUCAUAGGAAGUAGAAAUCCCAAGUUUGCCUCUGAAUUUUUUCCUCAUGUGGUAGAUGUCACCCAUCAUGAAGAUGCUCUGACAAAAACAAAUAUAAUAUUUGUUGCUAUACACAGAGAACAUUACACCUCCCUGUGGGACCUGAGACACCUGCUUGUGGGUAAAAUCCUGAUUGAUGUGAGCAAUAACAUGAGGAUAAAUCAAUACCCCGAAUCCAAUGCUGAAUACCUGGCUUCACUAUUCCCAGAUUCCUUGAUUGUCAAAGGAUUUAAUGUAGUCUCAGCGUGGGCACUUCAAUUAGGACCUAAGGAUGCCAGCCGCCAGGUAUAUAUAUGCAGCAACAACAUCCAAGCUCGUCAACAAGUUAUUGAGCUUGCUCGCCAGCUGAAUUUCAUUCCUGUUGACUUGGGAUCACUGUCAGCAGCCAGGGAGAUUGAAAAUUUGCCCCUACGACUGUUUACUCUCUGGAGAGGGCCAGUGGUGGUAGCCAUAAGCUUGGCCACAUUUUUCUUUCUUUAUUCCUUUGUCAGAGAUGUGAUACAUCCAUAUGCAAGAAACCAGCAGAGUGACUUCUACAAGAUUCCUAUUGAGAUUGUGAAUAAAACUUUGCCUAUUGUUGCUAUCACUUUGCUGUCCCUGGUGUACCUAGCAGGUCUCCUGGCAGCUGCCUAUCAGCUGUAUUAUGGUACUAAGUAUCGAAGAUUCCCGCCUUGGUUGGAGACCUGGUUACAGUGCAGGAAACAGCUGGGGUUACUGAGCUUUUUCUUCGCUGUUGUCCAUGUUGCCUACAGCCUCUGCUUACCCAUGAGAAGGUCAGAAAGAUACUUGUUUCUCAACAUGGCUUAUCAGCAGGUUCAUGCAAAUAUUGAAAACUCUUGGAAUGAGGAAGAGGUCUGGAGAAUUGAAAUGUAUAUCUCCUUUGGCAUAAUGAGCCUUGGCUUACUUUCUCUUCUGGCAGUCACUUCCAUCCCUUCAGUGAGCAAUGCUUUAAAUUGGAGGGAAUUCAGUUUUAUUCAGUCUACACUUGGCUAUGUGGCCUUACUCAUAAGUACAUUCCAUGUUUUGAUUUACGGGUGGAAGCGAGCUUUUGAAGAAGAGUACUACAGGUUUUAUACACCACCAAACUUUGUUCUUGCUCUUGUUUUGCCCUCCAUUGUAAUUGUGGGUAAGAUCAUUUUACUCCUUCCGUGCAUCAACCGAAAGCUUAAAAGAAUUAAAAAGGGCUGGGAAAAGAGCCAAUUUCUAGAAGAAGGAAUUGAGGAAACACUUCCUCAACUUUCCCCAGAGAAGGUCACAGUAAUGUGAUGAUAAAUGGUGCUCACUGAUGCCAUCAUAUGAAGUUUUAUUCAUGCCAUUGUUAAAAUGCUGUGCUCUGUGUUCAGUUGUAAGUGCGUUGUCUAUUUGAAACAUGUCAAAUGAGAUAUCAAUGGACAUAGUGAUCGUAUUUUCAAGUUAAUUUCCAUAAAUGUCAUAACUGGUCAACAUAAAAUUUGUAGCCAAUGUAUUGUUGAAAUUUAGGUAUUUAUUUUUGGCUUUGCAAAUUGUAAUAGUAUUGUGAUUUUAACUAUAUUUCAUAAUCAGGCAAACAUUUAUAGUAAAUAAUAUAGAUGUAAGGCCAAGCAUGGUGGUGGGCACCUGUAAUCCCAGCUACUUAGAUGGCAGAGAAAAGAGGAUCUGGAGAUAGAGGUCAACCCAGUUAGGGAGAUUAUCUCCAAAACAACAUGCAAACUAAAGGGCUGGGACAUGGCUCAAAUGGUAGAGUCCUUAGAUGUAACAUAAUCUUAAAAAUACUUUACAAGCCAGAAUUAGGAUCUUUUAAUAUAGCUCAGUGGAUAUACCCAUAUCCUGUAACUUAAGAUUUUAAUUUUUACCCAGCUUAAGAAGUAGAAAUAUGCCAUCAGACCUCAUUAAGAAAGGACACAUAAUAUUAGCAUCUUGGUAAGUAUUCAUGAGAAGAUUAUUAUACUUCUCAGAAGACAGGAUUUAAAGAAAGCCAUUAAUUGUGCAAAGCCAUGUGAUUGUGUAACCAAACACAUUCUUUUAAAAACAUGAAAUUAUAUUUAAAAUUCAUUGGAGACAUAAAAUACAUAGUGAUAAUCAUGACAGAUUUUGUUCUUCAUAUGUUUCAGAGCAGUUUUACUGUACAAUUCAUAUGUCUGACAGGGAAAGGAUUUGGUAACAUUUCACUUUCAAAGCUGAUGUCUAAUAUAGUAGAGUACCAAUCCUGGGAUUUGUACAGCUUUUCUUAGUUGUCAAGUUUACAUAUGAGUAAUUAUUCAGCAGCUGAUCAUUAAAUUGAUCUUUAGCCAGUAACCACCAUACAUGGUGUGGAAUUUACUGAUGUUCCCCGGGAGUGUCAGGGUGGGGAGAGCAUGGUUGUAAACACUUUACUUAAAGUAUCUAUUCUAUAUUAUCUAUUCAAGAUCUAUUCUACUUAUUACUUGCAAUAACCCCAUGAAAUAGGUAAUUGUCCAUGUUUUAUGCAUAAGGAAAUGGAGGGUAGAAAGUAAUUCAUUCAGGGUCACACCAUGAGUAAGUACAGGGUGAGUCCAGGUAGUAAUCAUCUAGAAGCUGGGGUUUUAACUACUAGAGUAUUUAACCCUGUUUUAUUUCCAUACAUUACAUUCAUAAGGUCAGUCUAGAUACUUUCUCUUUUAUACGAAGGAAUCAUUUGAGGUGGGUUAUGUGCAUCCAAUGAUGUAGGGAAAUACCCAAUCCAUAAAUUUAUUGCUUCUGGUAGGGAAGUCCUGACUUAGCUACACAGGUCUGACCUAGCGAUCUACCAGAGUCCAUAGGCCUCUCUAUGCAAGGGAGGCCUCAAUCAGAGAGGACCAUGGGGGUGUUAAUGAGUUGCUGAGGACUUGAAGACACUUUAUAGAUCUCUGUAAAAGCAGUCAUCUCCUCUUCUCUUCCUGAGAAACCCCUCUGCCACUAUAACCAUUCAUUAGAGAGCAAUUUAUACUAAUCAUGAAGGAUAUUAAAAUAAGUGGUCAAUUAUAAAUCUGAUGGAAACAUAUCAUCAUAGCAAUUAUUCAUAAAAUUUCUUAGUGCUGAAAUUCUACGCGUAAAUUGCAUUCCAUUCAAGUCUCAGGAUGCCCUACAUUUUCUCCUUUUUUAUUAAAACAGAAGGUUGCAGACAAGAUACAAUCAUAUGCAUUUCUGUUCUAAAACUAUAUCAUUUCUUGAGUUACCCAUUAACUUGAAUCCAGCUGCCCAGUGAAUGGGCUUAAUUUAGUACCAUCUACCUUUCCCAUUCAAUGGCUCUGGGAAAUCACUCGUGAUUCCCUAAACUUUUCUUGUUUGGUGAAGUUUAAUAUCUUGUACUUACUGAGCUACCCAUUUUCUUUAUAUUGAUUACUUUUCUUCCCUUUUCAUUAAGACUGCGUUAUUAGUAAGUAUUCAGUAGGGUGAUAAUGAUAAAUAUACUGAUGCUAGGAAUUAGUGAAAAUAACAACGUAUCAGUACUUUCUUGUUUCUUUUAUUCUUAAGAUCACACUUUAACCAUUUAAUACUGAAAUACAAUGAAGUAGUUCUAAAUUUUAAAUGACUAGUUAGGUGUUGUAUGUAGAUAUUAAAUAGCCAAUAAUAUACAAAACUGUCACUAUUAUAGAUAAAUUGGGCAUUUGAAAAUCUGAUAAAGCAGUGCACAAAAGAUGCAAGUGUUAUUUUAAAUGGCUUUGCAUUGCUAGAAAAAAGUGGAAUAAUUUUGACGUUUCAGAAUAAAAUGCAUUCAUUGUAAUUCUAAAUGUUUAAAUGAUUUCCUAAAAUUUUAAAUCUAUUGAAUUUUGAUGGUCUUACUGUUUCUAUGAUUAUUUUUCUUUUCAUUGUUUUUCAUAAUCACCUUUGGAUCAUUUUUUUCUGGCCUCAGAAGAAUUAAAGUUUGCUGUUACAACAUGUGAGAAUUGUUUCCCAAGAAGUGCCCCUGCAAAAAUUAUGAGAAUGUAGGAAAUAUACCCAGGUUUGAGCCUAUGCAAAGAAUAUCAAAUAAUUUUUUCCUAUGAGGAAAAUAACCAUGAGCUGUAUUAUGCUUAUAUAGCUUUUGUGUACAGUUUUCAUAUGUAUCCUCUAUUAAAAGUAUUUUAAAUCACAUUUAAAUAUGAAUAUAUUCAUACUAACAUUUAUUUUUAAAAGCAUACCUCGAAGUUUAGCACAGAUUAUCUACAUGCAAGAUUUUUGUUUAACUUUUAAAGUAUGUAAAAGUCUGAGUAAAUUAUAUUUACAGAUAUUUCUCAGAGAUAAUUAUUCUCUUCCACAUAUGAGGUAGCUAAUGAGCUCCAUUGAUAAACUCCUGAUUAUAAACAUAAAAUUAGAAUAACUUUGAGUUGAUAAAGAAUUUUACUUUUAAGGUUAAUUUGAUAAUACUAAAUUAAGGUAUUUGUAGUCAUAUUAUAGUUACAUUUUAAAAAUUAUUUCUGUAAAAGUGCUUCAAGAAUAACCUCAAUUUUUAUGUUAAUCUCUUAUGUAAUAUAAUAUUAAUUCUUUUUAAUUGACUUUUGCUAUUAAACUAUUUCAUAAUAAAAUAUUUUCUCCAGAAAAAGACAUUUAGUUAAAAUAUAUUUAUGAAUGUUAUAUUUUAAGUAAGUACCCUAAAUAUAAUUCAUAAGUAUUUCUUUCAGAAUACUGUAAACACUGAACACAUUUAGCUGCAUCAGUCUAUAAAGUCCCUGUUCUUAUAUGUUAACAUUUAAAAUGAUGUAUUGAAAUGAUUUUGUAAAAUUAUGACUCAUAGAAAUGUUACAUGUAGUAUAGAUACCUUAGUUCAGUGGUAAAGUUAUAUUUAUGAUGUAUUGUAAGGAAAAUCAGAUAUUCAACUCUCAAUUGUUCUUAAGUCAGUAAAAAAAUUCUGCCAUAUAUUUAGACUAACUCCAGAUGAAUCUGUUCUAGCUUUUGAACAUUGAAUGUUAUAGGAUGAAUGGGUUCUUUUGCUUUUUUUUUUGAGUAUAGGAAAAUUAUAACAUGUUUAAUUUUCAGAGAUUCUAUCCAUAUUAUAGUUUUAAAAGGGGGUGGAGGUUGUAUUUAGCCUAACACACAUACUGAGAAUUUUUUAAACUUUGCAUGAAUAUCCACCAUGCAUUCAUCCAAAGUUAGGGCAAGAUGUAUGGAUUCUCCAAAUUACAGUACUUCCAAAUUGCCAAUUUGAGGAACAUACUCUCUUAGAGAUCCUCUUUGAAGGUUUUCUAUAGUUUUGCUGAUGUCUUUAUAAACAAGGAUUGGAAGUUGUCUCCCAAUGUCUGUUUCCCUGCUUCUGUAACAGCUUCAAUGGGUCACUGUUCCUAGCUGCCCUGUGUGUGUGUGUGUGUGUGUGUGUGUGUGUGUGUGUGUGUACAUAUGUGUGUGUAUGUGUGUAUACAUAUAUAUAGAGAGAGAGAUGUUGAUUGAGAGCUGGCCAGUGAGAUGAAGUCUGCAAGGACAGCAAGAUGUGUUCCUCUUCCUCCAUCCAUUUUGCUGUUGAUAGUGUGCAUCUAUGACAACUGCCCCCAGAGGGCCCAAUCCACACCCUACAGAAAGCAGAUUAAAGACCACUAUUAUCUACUUCCAUUGUGUUUUUUUCCUCCAAGUAAGUCAUUUAGAUGUGAGUUCUGUAUUAUGUGAAAUCUAGAGUAAUCUUUUCUGCCAUUCAGUCCUUUGUCAUAAUACCGCUUAACACUGUUGAAUAAGAUAGAUGGCAAUAAAUCUUACCUUUAAAAGCUUUUAAAAGGUAACAUGCAAUUUACGUUACAAUUGAUUUUCUAUUGUUAAUUGGAAUCUUUCUCUUGCCUUGAUUUUUUUCAUUGUCUAUUUUGUACCUGCGUGGAAAAUACUGUUCUCUCUGUAAAUGUGUGUGGCUCAUACUUGCUAAAACUCUGUAAUCUCUAGUAUUGUUACCAAAAUACAUGCCAUGUUUUUAUACCAUUCUCAUAGAUCUGCCUUAUAAAAACCCAAAUAAAAAAUAUCUAUUUAGUGUUU